UUAAUGUCACUCAAUCGAAUUUUCUCUUUACAUAAAAUAUUAUUAUAAAUUGUGGCAAAAGUAAUCAAAGUAAACUAUUGUCAAUUUUUGUAAUAUUAAAUUACUAUGGUAAUUAAACUUUAGAUUAACUUCUCGCAAUGAGAAAAUCAAAUGGAAAUUACUCGGAUAGUAAAACAACGGCUUCUACGGAACUUCCGGGAAACUCGGAAUGAGACUCUAGAGAUUGAUUUAUUGCGUCGUAUCUAUUUAUACUACGGUAAAGAUUACAUCGAUAACCAACUUGUUUCAACUUAUUUUUAUACAUAUACUCGUGAUGAUACAUUGAUACGUAAAUAAGAGGAAAGAAACCAUACAAUACACCGAAUCGCAUUCCUCUCUCAAUGUUACGUAAAUAAGCAAUUUUAUCGUUCCAACGCAUUCUUAGAUUAAAACACUAACAAAAAAAAAAAGAAAAGAACAACAUCCGGAUCUUAAUCGAUUCAGCAGGCCUGUUGCUCCGACCGGCUUGAAAUUUUAAACGCUGCUAUUAAAUUCGAACCUUACGUGGUUGUGUACAAGUAUCCCGUCGAUCCCGAUGCUGCGAAGCCCACGCUUAAACUUUAAGCACGAACGGGUAAUGCAACCGGACGGGGUAAUGGGUUAAACGCGGCCGAGUACUCUCUCUCAUAUAUAUAUCUCUCUCUCUCUCUUUCUCUAUGCAGCUGCGGCCCUUUAUCGGCCACCACCGAGACGCCUCGAUCGAUAGCGCGCGAAUAUGCAAUACGCAAAAAGCAACGCGCUCGAGUCUCGGUAAGCUCGGUAGCGGCAUAAAAUUGUACGCGUCGUCGUGAUGUCCGCAGGACGAGGUGAGAAUAAUAUGCGCUCGCGAAUUGCGCGCGAGGGUGCGCGAGCCGGAAGGGGAUCGAGCUUGCCACAGCAGUGACCUGUGAGCUCGCAGGCGGUACGUACGUUCGAUGUGUCGUGAAAGAGCUCGUGUCAACGGCGACGAUCUCGCGGUCGCAGUUUUUUGGACGAACGACGGCUUCUCGUGAGUAAUCGGGUUAGUUCCUGCCAGCCGAGUCUCCUGGGUAGCCUCGCUUCUUGGUCGUCUCUUCAAUCGUCGCGUCCACGUCUUCGUUGGGCGCGCGAAAGAGCUCGAGUUUGAAGAGGACUUUGAAUUUCAAAACGAUCAGCCCUUCCUAUCAGCGAACAUCACUGUUCUUUUUCGAGGAUACGUACAAGGGAUACAUCGUGCGCUGAGACGUCGCAAUAUCCGUAGAUAUCGUUGAAUCACGUAGACACUAAACCGAUAUCAAAAUGGGUUGUUUCGGAAGCAAAGACAAGUUGAGCAAAGAAGAUAUGGACUUCCUCAAGUCGCAUACGCGAUACGACGAAGCGACUAUAAAGGAAUGGUACAAAGGUUUUAAACAAGACUGUCCUAAUGGCAGAUUAACGCCGGCGAAAUUUGUCGACAUGUACAAAAUGUUCUUCCCGUCCGGUAACGCGGAAGAAUUCUGCGAUCACGUGUUCCGCACAUUCGACAUGGACAAGAAUGGCUACAUCGACUUUAAGGAAUUCCUAUUGGCGAUCGACGUAACGUCCAGCGGCACGCCGGAAGAAAAACUGAAAUGGGCGUUCCGCAUGUACGACGUUGACGGCAACGGCGUUAUCGAUAUGCAGGAAAUGACGAAGAUCGUCCAGGCGAUAUACGACAUGCUCGGCGCGUGUUCGAGCAAUAGGCCGGCAGACAGCGCAGAGGAAAGAGCGAAGAACAUAUUCGCGAAGAUGGACGAGAACAACGAUGGACAGCUGACACAGGAAGAAUUUCUGAAGGGUUGCCUCCAGGAUGAGGAGCUAUCGAAGAUGCUCGCUCCUUAAUCCCGACGUCGCCGCACUUCCGCACGAGCCGUCGACGCGCGAUAAAAGACACCACGCCCCACACCGACUCCCUCAUAGAACUCGACGGAAACGUCAAAACGCCGGCAACAAUAAGGCCACCACCGAAACGGACACUCGCGAACAUACACGCAUCAUUUACACGCAACACGUAUCAACGACAAUUUCCUAUUAACUAUGACGUACGCUAUUAUUGUGACGGUUCGAUAACCAGGCCGUCGCUCGUGCCCGACGGGGAGGGCACAAGCUAUGAUAACGGACGACGAUUGAGGAUGAUAGAUAAACGAGGAGGAACAGCGAUUCAAAUCGAAUCACUGUCCUGAUCCUCGUGGGAACAAGACUUGAAAGAGGAAAAAUUUCACGAGAGACGAUCGCAAUGGCACACCGCUCGCCCAGAUAUUCGCACGGUUGACUGCAGGACAGCACAACGGUGAUGUGUAAAUGAUCCUAGGAAU